AUGCCCGCAGCCGUCGUCACACUCGGGGUCAUGACAUUCCUAAAAUAUCCGCCACGCGCGGCUCGCAAACCUGUUAGCAUCCUCGCGUUCUUAGCGCUACAUCUUACACUACAACCAUCCAACAAUACAGACCGACCGCUGGAGCACUGGAAGCGAGUUACUAGCCAGGCCUUUGAUCAAGCGAAGGAGCAAGUCCAGCUCUCGCUAAAGAAUGAACUCGGGCCGCCCACCAAUACAAAGUAUAAAGACCAGAUGAUGGCUCUUUGCGCCUUGGCUGAGUUUACAAUCAUGUCCGGUCAGCCCGACCACGAACGGUGCCUCUCAUUAGACACAGAACGCCUCGUCCGCCUCCGCGGCUUCGUCAAGCGCAAGAUCUCCCAGAAGGCUCGUCUCCUCCACCACGUGUACACCUGGCACCGCAUCGUCGGUGAAAGUACCUACGUUUUACAUAACUACACUCCGUCCAAGACCUCCCUGCACGCCCUGCAGAGCAAAUUCAAAUCUAGCCGUCCAGCAGCGACGGAAGACCCUGCUUUCCGGCGGGACAGCUUCCUCCGUCUCGAGAUCAACGCUACUGACCGUGAUCUCAAUAUCGAGGAGCGCAAAGAUAAGGAAACUAGUCUCAAGGAUAUUCAUCUUGAAGAUUUCUGA